GGUGCGCGGACGCGCGAGGGGGCGGGGUGCUGAUGGGGGUCAUGUACACGCGGGGGCGCUGAUUGGGGGUCGUGUGCACGUGGAGGACGCUGGUGGGGGUCGUGUGCACUCGCGGGGCGCUGGUGGGGGUCGUGUGCACGCGAGGAGGUCUGGUGGGCCGCAGCGCUGUGAUAGUGUGUAAUGGAGCCGAGGCGCCCAGGGAGCUGAUGAUGAUUGUGCUCCUUCUCCACCCGCAGACUGUGCGAAGCCCCAGGGAAGAUGGUGGAAAACUCCCCGUCGCCAUUGCCAGAAAGGGCGAUUUAUGGCUUUGUUCUUUUCUUAAGCUCUCAGUUUGGCUUCACACUUCCAGGAUGUAGUCAAAGAUCCAUUAACCAACCCUGUUCAACACUAGAGACAUGAAGCAGAAGCCAGCGCAUCAAGAUUCUCUGUGUCUCAGACUUCUGACAUACAAAGCUGUAGAACACAUAAUAUGCUUUAUCUUGUGUGGGCUUUCGUUCCUGAAUCAUGGUUGAACUCCUUAGGCUUAACCUAUUGGCCUCAAAAAUACUGGGCGGUGGCAUUACCUGUCUACCUGCUUAUUGCUGUCCUAAUGGGCUAUGUACUCUUAUUUGGAAUCAACCUAAUGAGCACCUCUUCACUCAGCUCCAUUCAUACAAUCACAGAUAGCUAUGCUAAAAAUCAGCAACAGAAGAACUACCAAGAAGAUGCCAUCCCAGCAUUAAGAGAUAUUCCUAUUAGUGACGUCAACAAAAUGUUCUUUCUUGAAGCCAAACAACUUUAUACCCAAAACUGUGUGUAAACAUCUGAAGACCAAAUAUUUGUAAGUUUGGGGCUGAAUAAUUUUGAACAUAAUUAUAUUGACUAUCUUCUUAAUAUCCAAAACAUGAAACUGAUCUCUUACUGAGUUCAGUUAAUAUUGUGAAUGUUUCCAAGCAUGAGUUUUUAAUGGAAAAAAUAAAUGAAAUGCCACAUUAAACUAUA